GCUCGGGAUUCCUGCUCCGACUCUUUCCACUUCCUGAUCCAACAUGGUGGCCGUGUCAGUGACGUCGGAAAGCCUGUUGCCUUCACGACAGACUAUAAAUAUCAGCAAGAGUUUCUGAACGGUAAUGAAUGAAGAAGACGAUUUGUGGCACGUCCCUGCUCCGGGGCCAGGACCUCUCAAAAAUUACGGUCGGAGGCCGACUGAUGCUCAACCCAAAACACAAGAUCUGUGGUCGAGAAAGUCAAGUCAACGUGAACAUGAUGAGGGGGCAAGAGGACCUUAUGAUCUUAAUCAUCAUCUGGUUUCAUGAGAGGAGUCAGAGACGACACGCAAUGGAACAGAGCUCCUCAUCACGAGACUCUGCAGCGUGACACUUCUUCUUCUGAACACCCAGUCGCUGCUGCAGCUCAGGAAAUGCCCGGUGGACUGUUGUUGUUUGUCGUUUAGCUCUCACCUCUCUGUCUGUGUGCGCACCGGGCGUGAAAAGGAGGAAAAAAAAGAGGAACCAAGUCUGUGGAAUAAACUGCAGCUGCUGGACACACUUCUGUGCGUCAAGAUGCUCGGGAUCAGACAUCAGCUCAUUCUGACAACAGUGGCAUUUGUUGCGCUGUUGACGCUUGUCUUGUCCUUCAACGUGGACCAGAAGAACGGUCUGUCAUUCAGCGGUCCACUGGAGGAUAUGUUCGGCUACACCGUCCAGCAGUUUGAGAACAGCGAGGGGAAAUGGGUUCUGAUUGGAUCACCGCUCUCGGGCCAGCCAGCAAAAAGAACAGGAGACGUCUACAAAUGUCCUGUGGGGAAGAAAGACAACACGUGUGUCAAACUGGAUCUGCCAAAAAACACAACAGUUCCCAACUUACUUGAAGUCAAGGAGAACAUGACCAUGGGAACCACACUGGUGACCAAUCCCAACGGAGGAUUUCUGGCGUGUGGUCCUCAGUAUGGCUACAUGUGCGGGCAGCAGCAGUACAUCUCGGGAGUUUGUGCGAAUGUCAGCUCUUCCUUCCAGAUCCUCAACUCUGUGGCACCCACAGUGCAAGAGUGUGGGAAGGAGCUGGACAUCGUGUUGGUUCUGGACGGAUCCAACAGCAUCUACCCCUGGACCAGCAUCAUCGAUUUUCUGCAACGCUUCAUCGAGAAAAUUGAGAUUGGACCUAAACUCUCACAGGUGGGGAUCGUGUCCUACGGUGAGACUGUGACUCACCGUGUCAACCUGAGCCAGUUUGACAACACUCAUGAUCUGCUGGAAUUUGUCAAAGAACUUCCUCAGCAGACCGGCUUCAGGACCAAUACCUUCCUCGGCAUUGAUACUGCCAGGCAAGAGGCCUUCAUGCCAGAGCGCGGAGCACGACCUGGUGUGAAGAAAGUCAUGGUGAUCGUCACUGACGGGGAAUCACAUGACUCCUAUAAAGUAGACAUGGUCAUUAAAGACUGCGAUGAUGACGGCAUCGAGAGGUUUGGCAUCGCUGUUUUGGGAGACUACAAUCGGCAGAACAAAAGUGCAGAGGAAAUGCAGAAGUUCAUCAAGGAGAUCGAGUCCAUCUCCAGUCAGCCGUUACGAGACCACUUCUUCAACGUGUCCGAUGAGGUGGCGUUGUUGACCAUCGUGGACGCUCUGGGAAGCAAGAUCUUUGCCUUGGAAGCCACCACCAGCAAUUUCACCUCCAGCUUUGAGAUGGAGAUGUCCCAGACUGGAUUUAGUGCACAUACUUCUAAAGAAGGUGUGUUACUGGGAGCAGUGGGAGCGUACGACUGGAACGGGACGGUGGUGAUGCACACUGCUGGAGAAACUAUCGUCCCAGGGAAAACACAGUUUUACGACCCAAAGACUGAGGCUGGAUAUGAAGGCCUGGCUGGGUACCUCGGUUAUGAUGUUCAGUCUGCAUCCACCCGUGAUGGAGUGCUGUACAUCACAGGAGCACCGCGGUACAACCACACAGGCCGGGUAGUUAUCUAUCGUCUCAAUGACAAAAACAAGAUCAUCAUCUCGCAGAUAAUAAAAGGAGAACAGAUUGGUUCCUACUUCGGCAGCGUCCUGCAGACUGUGGAUGUGGACGGGGACUCGUACACAGAUCUCCUCUUGAUUGGAGCUCCGAUGUUCAUGGGUUCAGAAAGAGACGAGCAGGGUCAAGUCUACGUUUACAAAGCCAACCAGGACGGCAAGUUUCAGCACGAGUUCACUUUAAAGCCUGUCAAUCAGACCUGUUGCACUGCCCACUCAGCCAGCUGCACUAAUAAGAACGAACCGUGUGGCGCCCGCUUUGGCACAGCCAUCGCAGCCGUGUCAGAUCUCAACCUGGACGGAUUAAACGACGUAGCGAUCGGUGCACCUUUCGAGAACGACCACAGAGGAGCCGUCUACAUCUAUCAUGGCGAUAAGACGUCACUGAAGGAGAAGUUUGUGCAGCGGAUCCCUGCAGGUGGGGACGGCGAAAAGGUGAAAUUCUUCGGUCAGUCCAUACACGGAGUCAUGGAUCUAAAUGGAGACGGGAUCACUGAUGUCACCAUAGGAGGUCUGGGAGGGGCUUCGCUGUUUUGGUCAAGAGAUGUGGCAGAACUCCACGCCAACAUGACUUUUAACCCCGCCAAAAUAAACCUGCAGCAGUCUCAUCACUCGUGUAAGCCCGGACAAAAAGCUGUGUGUGUCUUGACUGAGGUGUGUUUCGUCUACAGUGUCAAAUCUGACAAGCUGAAAGUCAGCUCAGCCGCAGAGAUCGUCUACAAUCUGAAUCUGGAUGCUCUGCGUGCAAAAGCCAGGGCGUUGUUUAUUAAUCCGGACGAUAAAAACGAUCGUAGGAUCUCCAGGAGCUUCACCAUCAAAGACAGAGAGACAGUGUGCGUCAAUCAGACCUUCAUGAUGUCGGCCCAGCUGGAUUUCCGUGACCCACUCAUGGUGUCUUUGCAGUUUGGACUAGCUGAUGAAGACCAAGGCCCUGUCCUGGAUGAGAGCCUUCCCAGAUCCAUCAAUAAGACAAUUCCUUUAGUCGACUGUGGGAACAAUGACAAGUGCAUUGCUGAUCUCUCUCUCAAAGCAGAGCCCAGCGUAAAAAGUAUGACGAUCAGAGCAAGGACGGACAAGUUAGAUGUGAACAUCAACAUCCGAAACAGCAAAGACAAUGCGUACAACACCAAAGUCAUCCUCAGCUUCUCGCCCAACAUCAACUAUAUGAAAGUUGAGCCGGAGAAGUUGUUGUGUACACUGAAUCAUACUAAAGUGGAGUGCAAUGUUGGAUACCCGUUCCUGGGGGGCAAUGCGGAGGAGAAUUUCAAAGUGAAAUUUGAGGUGAAUCCUCAACAUAUUCAGGAGGUGAUUCAGAUCAACGUGACAGCGACAAGUGACAGUGAAGAGCUGACCUCUACCCUGAGUGACAACAUGGUGCUAAUCUCCAUCCCUGUGAAGUAUGAGGCUGGACUCAUAUUCUCAGUGCGACCUGUGGAUGAACACAUUGUGGUAAAAGAGGGUGAACAGUUUGCCGCUGUGUUCAAUGACACCAGGAUGAUUGGAGAGGAGGUCAACAUAAGCUACACGCAUCUGCUCUUCUUGUCUCUGCAGGUGAAAUGUGAUGCAGAUCGUUGGAUCAACACUGAUAAAAUUAACCCCAACAUUAGGAAGCCCAAUCCCAACAAAGAAACGCUCAGCGUCUUCCUACUGUCCUGUUCUGCAGAGCUGUUCUGUGCAUCUUUCACCUGCUCCACCCCCAAGGCAAAGAACAGUCAGGUCAACGUCACAUUCAGGGUGUGGAAACCUACGUUCAUUAAGGGGGAGUUUUCCUCUCUGCACAUGUUGGUGAAUGGGACUCUGGGGAUCAAAAACACCAACCUGUUUGAGUUGAACUGCGGGAACCGGACCCGGAUUGUGAAGAUCCAGGUUUCCAAGGAGACCUUAGGAGGAAUCCCCAUAUGGGUCAUCAUAAUCAGCAUCCUGAUAGGACUGCUGAUCCUGGCACUGGUCAUCUUCGCUCUUUGGAAGAUGGGCUUCUUCAAAAGGAAAUCCAGGGACUACACAAAAGAGGAAAUCAUGGACUGAAGGGUUCGGACAGCGAGCAGCUCUGUGAGCAAUUGCUCCCAGAACCACCGGGUCUGUACAGACAGACGGACAGAGGAGGUGCGGGGACACACAAACACCUCAGUGCUGCGACACAGUGACAACCUGGGAAACAAAAGCACUGCUCUCUGUUUCCUACACAGGGUUUAAUAAUGUUUGCAAAUACUUCCAUCACUUGUUCUUCAGUGCUUUAAACACCCGGUUACAAAAUGGGGGCUGCACCAAUGGUCAAAUAAGGUGCAGAGACAGACACUUCUUUUUAUUGUGUAACGUCUUUGGCACUAACUGUGUAUAUGAAAAACUCCAACUAUCUGAGUCUCCAUCUAAAACGAUUGCCAAGAAGUGUAUUUGCAAACAUUAUUUGUUCUUGGUCAGAUUCUUUCUUGCAGAUAUCAAAUGUAAAAUCAGGUCAGGCUGUUGAAGAAGAGGAACCAGACAGGAGGAGGACGACGUCACUCUCCAGGCACCUCUUGGAAAACUACCAAAUAUCUGUGUUUUACAGAAACCUUCAGAGCUACAACAGCUGCGCUACAGCAUCAGGGGGACACAAGCACUCAGGUUUUUCAGUGUGAAGAUCCUCACUCACUUUCUGCAUCAUUACAGCAGCAACGUCUGGCCGUCUGUUCGCUUCAGAGACAAUAUGUGAACUUUUCCUGUGUCGCAGCGGUCGUCUGAAAGCUUAAGCUCCUGUGUUAAAGUGUGCUUGAUUCAUUUUUACAAAACACUGUACAUUUUGAGUGUUUUAUCGCGUUUUGUUUGACAUGUUUGUUGAGUUUUUCGCAAUAUAACUUGGCACAUUCUUAAUCCUUAAAUUCAAAUGUUGGAUAAAGACACUGACCUGAACACUAGACUUUUCCUAAGCUGAGCUGAAGCCAAAACAAAAAAAACCUUUCUUCUGAUGUUAAUGAAUGUAAUUAGAUUGGUCACCCUUCAAAAUCCAGAGCUUUAAUUUUUACUGUAAAUAUAGCACAGUGCUCAAGAAUGUAGAGCUUCAAAUGUACAUAAUUGUGUUCGCUUUACUUCUUGUAAUUUAAGAGAUGUUGUCCACAAGCCUUUCUUUGUUUUCAUGUGCGUGAUCUGUGGUCAGAGAACAUGAAUCUGCUCAGGUGCUACAAUAUCAUGAAUGAAUGAUGACAUUUGACUUAUAAGAAAACCAUCUGGCCUGUAGCUCACAAUUCCAAAGCUGAUGCAAAUAUGUAAAUAUUGUUCUAUUUUGAUGAGAAAGAUGAAAGUUAUAAUUAUUCUGUACUGAAAAUAUACAUGAAGAUGAGGGUUUGUAUCCACUACUUUGGCUUUAAGUCUGUUGAAUGACUGUGUUCUGAAUGCAGAGGCUUUAACGUUUUCGAGAGGAGACUUGAGCAUAUUUUCAAUUUCAAUUUUUCUAUUUUCAAAAUAGAGACCAAUAUUCCUCCAAGAUAGAAAUAAACAUGUUACUAUUCACCAGCAGCUUUCUAUACAGUUAAUAGGAUUCACUGGUAAAUGUAUUGUGAGCGACAACAUGUACACAAAUCAUUAGCAUAUAUAGGCUCAUUUCAUCCCAUAUGCGCUGCACAGUACAGUACAAAGUUACUCAUUCAGGUUUCCUGUCUAGAUUUUCUUGUUGUUGAGUCAGAAGUUGCACGUACAAUCCCCUUGUAUGUCGAGGAGACGGAGAAACUGUCUCUUUCCUCGCUGUCAUACAAUAAAUCUGAGGGAAGACGACAGGAAACUGAGCGUUUGAAUAUUUAAAUGCCCCUCAGCGCUCACUCCCCACUGUUGACAUGAAGCACAUGUAAUGAAUCGUAUGUACAGAAUGUGUCACUGUUCGUCAUUUUAAGAUUGCGUGGCUACGUCAGGCUUAUACACGAGGGUGGGGUCAUAAAUCUCUCUUUGUCCACUUGUGUAGAAAGAAGUCGUGGGGGGGUUAUUUUUGUCAGCUCUUAUAUCCUCUGUUCAAUUCUGGACUCAAAAUGAGAGAAAGGCACAAAGUGAGAGUUGUGAGCACCAUCCCAGCCUUCUACACUGCUGUGAAGUCUUCAUUGUAAUGCACUGGUUUGUCAGACUGUAUGCGUCCUCAUCAGCACACAAAUGAAAUGAAUCUUAUGUACAAAAAUAAAGACUUUUUACGACAAAUUUCUCAGUCACCACUUCUUGUACUCUUGUUUGUGUAAAAGGCAAAAUAAAUACAUCAUAAAUACAGUUGAAACAUUAAGGUCACAAGCUAAUUUACAUCCCUUGGCAGGUCAGAAGAACAGGAUACAGUACAAUGACAAAUAAAUACAGUAAACUACAGAUGAGUAGUGUAAACGUAGAAGGUUACACACAAGAGCACAUCACUCACAAAACACAGACGUACACACACAUCAAAAGAAAGAUUCUUGUCAAAUAAAAAUCUAAACUGGCUUUUCUGUAAAUGUAUGUAAUCGUAAAUCCAAGAAUCGUUUGGUUUUGGGUCGUUGAUCAGAUGAAGUGAGCAUUUUGAUGAUGUCACCCUGGUCUCAGAUGUGCAUGUGUCAGUACUUUCUUUUUUAAUUUUAUUAGAUUUUAUAUAUUUAUGGAGUAAAUAACGAAUACAUUAUUAA